AUGGGGUCGUACGUCAAUUCUGGGGCUGUCAAUACUGAUGUCGAUGUUGAUACCAGCCGGGUAAAGGGGCAGACUGCUCUUGUCACGGGCGGUGCCAAUGGUAUAGGUGAAGCAUAUACACGAGCCUUAGCCAAGGCUGGUGCCUUUGUCGUGAUUGCAGAUCUCGAUGACGAAUUCGGCUCAAAUUUGGAGAAGGAGCUUUCCGGGUCGGUCAAGUUCGUCAAGACAAAUGUCACUAGCUGGGCCGAUCAGCUUGCUGCGUUUAAGACAGCCCUAUCAAGCUCUCCUUGCGGGAGAAUUGACAUUGUUAUCGCAAAUGCUGGCAUCAGCGGGGCUGAUACCGUGUUUCAGAAUGAACUCGAAUUAGACGAGCCUGAAGAACCGCGACUUAACAUACUCAAUGUCAACUUGACUGGCGUCCUAUAUACCAUCAAGCUGGCCCUAUUCUACUUCCGCAAACAACAUGCAGCAAACAAAGGGGAGGCCUUGGAUCAAAAUCUUAUCUUGCAGGGCUCUCUCGCCGGCUACCUUGAUCUACCAGGCGCACUUCAGUAUACCGCUUCUAAGUUCGGCCUACGUGGGUUGAUGCGAGAUCUCCGAAGAACAGAACAUGCACAUAAUAUCCGAGUCAACUUCAUCGGUCCAUGGUUCAUUCGGACCAAGAUUAUGAGUGACACAGUGCUUCAGUACCUCGAUAACCUUGGAGUUGACUUUGCAACCGUGGAAGACGCGGCAGCGGCGGCGUUACGGAUCAUCGCUGAUCCGAAAGUCGUUGGUAGGUCGUUUGCCAUAGUACCACGUUCCCUUGCCCCUCGGGGUUAUCAAGACAUCGACUUUGAUGAUUACGAAGAGGGAUCUUUCCUGGGCAAGUUGCAGGCUCUGGCGGCUGGAGGGACUCAUCGAACUCAAGUGAGUAUACGGACAGUACCUCGGACUUGUGACCAAUGA